UCAGCCCGCAGGACUCCCAGCCUGGAGGUGUCAUCCCCAGCAGGCACAGGCCAGAGCUUGGACACCCAGCAUGUGGGCACAGCACACGAGGAGGGCGCUGCUCAGUCUGAUCCUCAGACUCCUGUUCCUGAACCCAGUGGCCACAGGCAACUGCUCGGGAAAUGGCCAAGAGCUCCUCAAGCAGCUCCAGCAUCAGGCGGACUUCAUGAAAGACACCAGCCGGCUCCUGGACCACUAUAUCCGCAUCCAAGGCCUCGACACCUCUGGACUGAAAGAGCACUGCCAAGAGCGCCCUGGGGUCUUUCCCAGCGAGCACGUCCUGCAGGGGCUCAGCAGGAGGGGCUUCCUGCGGACCCUGAACAGCAAACUUGGCCAUGUCUUACACAGACUGAUUACUUUCCAGCAGGACCACCCCAAAGUCCAGGACUUGGGGAUGGUGAAGAUGUACAUUCAUGGGAUCAGGAACAACAUCUAUUGCAUGGACCAGCUGCUUCGAGGCUCCUCGGAGACGGCUGAACCCACUCUGGCCAGUCCGGGGACCUGGCCACCACACACACCUGCCUCAGACGCCUUUCAGCGCAAGUUGGAGGGCUGCCGGUUCCUGCGUGGCUACCACCGCUUCAUGCACUCCGUGGGACAGGUCUUCCGCAAGUGGCGGGAGACCCCGAGCCGGAGGAACCGGAGACACAGCCCCCAACGGGUCCUGCAGAAGGGGAUUCGCAGGAUGCAACCCUCCGUGAGGGGCAAGAGGCUCGUGCCCAGGGGGCAGCUGCCCCGGUAGCCUUAGGGACCCCACAGCAGGUGAAGGAUCAGCAGGUGCUCCUCGGGAUGGUGCCACCUCAGGGUCUCCAGACCUGCUUUCCACCUCUCAGAAGUGCACUUUAAGGGGUGAGAGCCAGGUGGGCUCCUCUACCUCCUCCCAGGUUGGGGGGAUAGGAUCAGACCAUCACGCCUCCCCAGCUGUGAGUUCCUCAGUCCCAGUGGGGCGACUGGGUCAGGCCACGCGGGGCCAACUUUCCAUUGAUUCAGGGGUCUGAUGACACAGGCUGACUCACGGCCAGACUGACUGGCCCCCCUUCCCCCCAACUCUGCUCCCCGGAGGUCUGUCGGCCCUUCCUUCUCAUGACUUGCAGAGCUGUUGCCCCCAGACUUCCUCCUUUCCAUGGUGGCGUGGUUCCAAGGGGGAGGUCAGGGUCUGAGCUGGCCUCCUAUGCCUCAUCGCCAGUCUCAGGCCAGACACCUGGACGUCUGGGUGACCUCACUUUAGGCAGCUAUGACAGGGGCACGGUGUCAUGUAAGAAGCACUGAUCUAAGAGGUCCAAGGAAAGGGGCUCAGGUCCCGCUUUGGCCCCUAACUCAUUGUGUGGCUUCAGGCAAACCACUUAACCUCUCUGGACCUCAAUUUUGCUUUUGUGAAUCGAAGGGGUUGGGGACCGUGUAAAGCCCCCUCUGCCUGUGAGCUGCUGGAACUCCAUGACAUAGGGUGGAUUUCAAAUUCUUUCCAUAAAUCGGGACAGAUGGGGCAAAUGGACAGGGGUGCAGACUGCGUUCUUUGCAGGAGACUUUCCAGUGUCUAGCCUCCUCUUGGGUUCUGGCUGCUCAGUGCUCCUCCUGGUGGUGGAUCUUGGAAUUUCCUCAUGCUGAAACCAUUGUCUUCCUGAAGGGUUACGGGUCAAUUCCUUGCAGGGACAGAAUUAAUUUAUCAAUUUUUAUCAGUUUUUAUGUGUUUUUUAAUUUAUGAGGCUUAUUUAUGAUGUAUAUUUAA